AUGACCGUUGGGGGUGUGGCGACCGCGGCCGUCGCCGCGGCUGCCGCGGCCACCGGUCGUCGGCGACGGCUCACUCUUCCUCUCGGAGGUCUGCGGAUCAGGGAGGAGUUGCGGGGCUCGGAGGGAUCCCAUGCAUCGACAUCACGCUUCGAUGUUCUUGUCGAGGAUUUGGACAGUGAUGAUUCCUGUAAAUCCGAGGUGCCUUUCGAGUCGGCGGAGGAGGUUCUGGGCUCACCAUCUGCUCCCCUUGGGUCGGCUGUGAUCCGGCGAAGUGGGAGAUCGGAUGAGGAGCUGGCUCAGGACUUCUGGACCGAGAUCGGCUUCCCCACGCCGGCAUCCAGGUUCUGGGAACAUGCAUCUCCGGCGAGCGCAGGUACGUCUGAUGGGUCUGGUUUUUGUAGGUCGAGUGAUGCUUCUUCUUCAGCAUCGGAUGAUCAUGGCAGGUCUAAACAGGAGGCGCUGAGGCAUGUAGCCGCGGCCAAGGCGACGCCAUCUUCGCGAUGCUUUCCGGUGCCGAAGAAGACGCGCGCUGGGACGUGGCGGGGGCCGGUGCCGCCCCGCCGGGUUUCUCCACCGGCGGUCCUUGGACAGUUCAUGCCGGCUACUGCUUCAACCUCACCGGCGUCCGCUUCGUCCUCGCCGCAUCCUCAGGUCGAGCCGUGA